UUGACUUUACACACAUCUGUUGGGACUGAGCUACGUGGCCAGGGAAGCAGUUGAGCUUCGGUCAUGGCUGCGCUUGGGUCCAUGGUGCUGGGCUUGGCCAGAGCAGGUCCUAUCCCCACUUCCAAGCCCACCAUGACCAGGAGGGGCUGCCACUUCAGCAGGUUCCAAUCUCUGUCGCCACGGGAGCUGGAAGCCUUCAAGGCCAAGGUCACCUUGGAAGAGUGGCUGCCGCUGAAGAGCUGGAGCUGCAGCUCUUGCCUCUUCCCCAGAACCAGGGACCUGAGGCAGCUGCAGGUGUUGGGAGCGCCCUGGGGCCUUGGAGGCCUCAGCCUGCAGCAGGCCCCGCCCCAGAGCCACCUCCGCCACUGGCUGUGCCAUCUCCAGCGGCCCCAAAGGAGUCUCAAGGCCUCUGUCACUUUCAACCUCUCCCCCCUCGUCACAUGGGACCUGAAAUGUGUUGCCUGUGGAGACCUGCAUGUGGGUGCCACAGAUCGGCGCUCGGAGCUGGCAGCAGAGCUAAUGGUCUACAGCUGGUAG